AUGCCAUUCCGCUUACUAGCUCAUGAUAGUGAAAUUCUUCAGGCUGAUCUCAUGGCGGUUCCAAUGCACAUUAGUCAAGAUAGAUCUCGGUUGGUGGUGGAUUAUUUGUCGAAACCUGUAUUGGCAGACGCUGCAAUUGAUAUAAUAUCAUCUUUGAAAAAAAAUAGGAAAUAUCUUUAUAAAGGGCUAUUUUCACUUUUAAUCAGCUGCGACACCGGCGAUGCGGGCGAGUUAGUUGUGCAUUGUGUUUUAAUUCAGUUGUUAAUGAAUAGCCUUGAAACAAAUCGAAAUCUGCAAAACUUGAAUAAAAACAAAUAUUUGCAAAGUAUGACGGUAAUCCAAUUUCUUAAAUAUCUAUCGCUAACUCAUAAUCCUGGUGCCGACAACGAUCCAACAACUAAUACCAAAGAAUGUCUAGAAACAGAUUUGGAAAAGACACCGCUUUAUCCCAUUAUGAAUGGAACGAUUUACAUUACACAUUUCAAACGAUAUGAAGGUCAGUUGAACACACAAGUGUUGGAGAAUUGUUUUCGAAGAGGUUGUGCUAUUGUUUGUGAAAAAAACAAUCGUUAUCUUGAUUUUGUCAUACCUGUGAAAAUGUUUGUUGAGAGCAACGAUCCUUAUUUCAGUUAUAUUGCGAUUCAAGUCAAGAACAGAAAGACGAUAACGACGGAUCACCAAAAUUUCGAGUCACACAUCCACCAAUUUUCACAAGACAAUAAUCUAGGAAACGACGCAUUGGGAAUAUGGAUUGAAUUGGGAUCCUCCAAAACGCAACCAAGCAAUAAAACCAGCUCCAGUGGUGAAAUAUUUAACCAGAGAAGAUCUAAAAGAAUUAAAAAUGAAUUGGCAACUAGAAAAAGUAAGAUCGCAUAUAUGGUUCUCGAUAUGAAAAAUUUCAAAAUUGAAAACGAAAUCAAAACCACAUUCAAAGAGUUUUUGGGUCGUGAAAACUAUCAUUUUGGUGGAUAUUUAGCUCAAGGCGAUACUGGCUUAAAAGAUUUAUAUCGAAACAGCUUUUUGGAUAUUAAACGAAAAUAUAAAAAUUCAAUGCCUGCUUAA